AUGACCGCGAAGGUCAACGGCAAAUACGCCGACCCGACGAUGAAGCUCGUGAUGAUCGCGACCCACACGCCGACGGCGGCGACGAUGGAAUCGCUCGAGGGCGAUGCUGCGGUCCUGAUCGAAGGCAAUUGCACAGACGUCUCCCCGGACGCGGCGCUGACCCUGACGCCGACGACAUCGGGAGUGUGCUACCAUCUCAUGUUCGAUUCAGCCAGCGAGGACUCGACGUUCACGCUGAACACCGCGGGCGUGGCCGGCAUCGUGUUUGCCGCUGUGAGCACUUGCCGAGCCUC